UUGUUUGUUUUCAUCAGGGAACCUUUGGAAAUGUCUGCUUGGUUUUGAUUUCGAUGUUUGAAAAUUCGGAGAUAAAAAGUGAGAAAUUAUAAAACAAUUAUCUGUAUUUUUUCACUUCGCAAUUAACAGUUGCCACCUGGUGAUUUCAACAGAUUUAAAAAAAAAUGUCUUGGCCAAAUAGCCUAAAGACAGUGUUUGUGAUUGAUCAUGGGCCGAUAAUGGCACGUCCUUCUGAUUCACCGAUUGAAUUAGACGUUUUCAAUAAACCAAGGGGCCAUGGACCAGGAGCAUUUAUUCCCGUUACACCUGUGUGCAAAUCAUUGUGGACUUGUGCAGCAGAAGCAUCAUUUGAGUAUUGCAGAAUUGUGUGGGACAUAUAUCCAACAGGUAGACUUAUCAGAUUCAUGAUCUGUGAUACAAAAGUGAAUCCAGUUGGAUCUUGGGGAACAAAUCAACAGAAUCUCACCAGUAUUACUUAUCAUUUUGCUCAACUUGGUGUACCUAUUCCUGAUGUUAGACAUGGAGAUUCGAACAUUAUGCACGGGUUAACAGCAGCACUUGAAGCACUUACUGAAUGUUCAGAUGCUCAGUUGGAGAAAUUGAAGUCACCUGAGAACAAAUCAAAGGUUCACAACAGGGGACGAGUAAUUUGCAUAAGCUCUUUCAGAGAAGAUGGAUAUAUCAGAAAUUUAGAGUCUUUUUUUCAGGAAACAGUUAUCCAGAUCAAUCAGCGGAACUUUGCCCCAACACACAUGCCCAUUCAUCAUUGUGAUUUUGUGGUUGUGAAUAUCUAUCCAAAUCCUCCAACCCUUGCACUUAAAGAACACCUUCGAUUAGACCUUUCCCCACUUUUAAGCUGCGAAGUAAUUUCAGCUUGUGCUAGCCGUAUGCUUGCCAGUCGUCUUGUAAGUCUUGUGCUUCAGCACUAUGAGUUGGCUUCGACCACAGUUACUGGCAUUCCCAUGAAAGAAGAACAAAACGCGUCUUCUUCAGCUAAUUAUGACGUCGAGAUAUUUCAUCCUGUGGCAGCGCAUGCCGACAUCUUGAAGUUAAAGAACGAAAGCGCUUUAUUUAUCAUGAAAGAAGGGUACGGCUACAAGACAGUCACUCUUAAAUGGUGCACUCCUCGAGCAACAUCCAACAGCGUGGAGAUGUGGCCUUGUAGCUCAGCUUACCGUAUUUCACCUGUGGACGUUACUAGCCGCCCUUCUUCGUGUUUGACCAAUUUUCUCCUAGGAGGAAGAUCAGUCAUGUUGGAGUUACCACGAAGUGGCACUGGUGGGCGAACCACUUCGCAUAUGUUGGCCGCUCACGGAGGGGAAAUCUUUCUACACUCUUUAUUGAUCGGUCGAAGCGUCAUUGAAGACCCUCCUAGCAUUAGCGAAGGUUCUGGAGGAAGAGUAACAGAUUACAGAAUUCCUGAUUUUGGAGAAUUGAUGAAAGAAAACAAAUUGGUACCUUAUCUCUUUACUGAACCCGCUGGACCAACCACACCUGUAGAACGGGCCUCAAAUCGGAUGGAACGCUGGACACAAUAUUGGCCAAUGACAAUUAGUUCGACCAUCGUAUUUAACAUGGGAGUUCACAUGGAAUCCUUGACUAAAUUAAUAGUCAAUGAAGAGUUGACGGACGACCAGGUUAUCGAGUGCAAAAAGGUCAUUUACAACUUGUUGGCAAUCGAGUCUAGGAAUGAACCAUUGCCUCCAACCUGCUCCGGGCAUCGCGAUCGGGGUGCUAAAGGCAAUCGCAGAGAGGAACAAUACCGAAUUCUCUUUAAGGAAUGUGAAAUCAUGUUACGACAUCACUGCCGAAGUGAGCAGCAUCGGCGGGUAUUGGCUUGUCUACUGGAAUGUAGAAGCAAAGGAACCACCUCCAAUCCUUUAGUUAUUCCUUCUACAGCUAAGGAUAUUGCUGUAGACAUUACUUCUACAAAAUCAACGAUCCCAGAUACUCCACUCUCGCCUGUUGCGAUGCCUGUUGCCAAAGCUCCUCGACUAGACGUGAGGUCGUCGUUGGCAGGUAAAAGUUUGUUAGAAGUAUGGAAUUCCAGUGUAUCUGCUGAAGUAUCAAGAAAACAGCGGGAGUUUGUCGGUCGCGUGAAAGCUGGUGGACAAGGGCCAGUUAAGUUGUAUGCCCAUCUUGAUAAAGAACAUGAAACAUGAGGUAUAAAAGAACUGCUGUAUUCUAGAUUUUCACAAUAAAUGUUCAGUGUUCCACAGA